UAAGCCAACGUGUGUCACUUUCCUAUACGAAAAAAAACCGCAAAGUUCGGUAAAAAAACGUUUAUUUUUUAAAUUUUCAAACAGCCAGUAACAUUGUUUCGUACAUUGUUAGCGACCAGCUAUAAUUUAAAGUUUUAAAAAUAAAACAGUGAUAAUGUGGAAAUUAAAAAUCGAACGAUUCGAAAUCGCCAACAGUUGUAUGUGAAGUUGAUAUCAGUUUUGUUUUUUCUACUUCUUCCUUUUUUAUUCUAUUUUUCAUUCUUUGUCUCCAAGAGGCGUUAACGGAUUUUUCUUCUGGUGUUUUCAAGUGAAUUUUGUGUAAACUAAGGUUAUCUUGGAUUUUUUGUUUGGUAUAAUAUGGGUGUAUAUCUGCGAAGAACCAUGCCGCUGUUAAGUACAUUGGCCGCACUGGUUAUUAUUGUGAAUUCUGCGGAAGAAGAUUUGGACGAGUAUGCACGGGAACUACGACCGAGGACAAUGGAGACGGACACCACCAAUUACGAUGUGCCAUGGAGAGCAGUGAAAAUAGAGCCCAUGAUGACGCAUUCUACUCAAACCGAUACAUGGGACGGAUCUCUUGAAGAUCCACCAAAACGUCGCAGACCCAUCCGAAAACGCAGGCGUCGACCGCAAGCAUCUCUUCACGGACCUCAGGAGAGAUAUCUACAACCGGGAGAGUAUAGACCCUACAAUACAGACAACUAUAGACCUCUAACAGAGAUACCCUAUAGACGCCGCAAAAAGAUUGACACCAAACACGACGAGUGGAAUGCACGAACGGAAGCUGCAGAAAGUCCAAGACCAUUUCGAAGAAAAGGCCCGAAAAGAACAUCAGAUCAAGAGUCGUGGCAUGAAUUCAGCGAGUUCGGUGACGUACCCGCCGAUGAAACCUUGGAUAAUAAUGCAGCAAGUCCUAAACACGAAACUACAAACUAUGACGCUGAAGUAGAAAAUAGCGAGAGUCACCAACCACGGCUAACCAUAAAUCAAUUUUAUAACGAAGAGAAAAAUCGAAAUGCAUUUGCGACAGUAGACGUUACGGCGGAAGACGAUGAUGACGAACCAAUACAAUUUCCUGCCAAUAAAGAUGAAUAUGAAGAACAAAAUAAUCCCGAAGUAAAAGAGAAUAAAUCCCUAUCAGAAUUUUCGUUGGAAAAUGGUUCCCCUAUUAAAAUCUCACGAAAUAGAAACGAAAACGGAAUACCUGGCCAGGAUAAUUUAAAUGACAUUACAGAACAAAGUAAACCCUUGGACCCGAUUUCGCUAAAAGAUAUAUUACAAAAAUCCAAAGGCAAGAGUCUUAGUGAAUUACUGCAACAGCAUAAUCUAACUUUAGCCGAUUUGCUCAGCGGCGAGAAAAAUGCCCUAUCAGUAUUAAAAACAACAGAAUUACCACAAACAGAUAAAGAAGCAAUUGUGGAGCUAUCUACAACAACCAAAGCACCUACAACCAGAACGUCUAGAUUCUCCACAAUCAAAACACAUAGCGUUUUUGAACAUGGUAUGAAUGCCAAAAAAGAAAUCAAUUUAGACGAACUUUCUUCUUCGGAAGAAAUAAUUGCUACAACAAUCAGACAUAGCACUACAGAAUCUACAACAACCGUCGUUACUGCCAAAACUAGCACUGUAAAUAAAUUUAGGUCACAUGUCAUUAACAACUCCUUAAUUAAUCAAACUUAUAAUGUUCCUUCAAAUGAAACAGUUGUAGUUAGUAAAAGACGACGAUAUCCUACAGCCGUUCGGAUAAAUCUACGCAUGAGACCAAUAGGUAACAAUUCUUAUAAGGGGCAGCUAAGUAGAGAUAUGAUCAAUAUCACCAAUAGAAGAUAUCAAAAUAAUAACUUUACUAAAUUCAGACAAUGGAAAGAACUUAUUCCAGCAAUUAAAAAUCUAACACAUACAAAUAUCAACUUGAACUUAGAAGACACAGAUAAAGUAACCACAACAACGAUGCCUGAAGAAAUAACCACAACAGACAAUAUCGCCCAAUUCAAUGCUUUCAAUACACAAAGUAGCGAUGAAGCCGAAAUGGAAACAACAAACAUGAAUACAGACACAAUACCUACGACAACGGUCAAUAUUAUUGAAACAACGACAUACGAAAUGAUCCCCUCAAUAAGACCAUCACUAGCUUCUAGAGUAAGAACGCGACACAACAUAACCAAUUUAAGGCAGCAAGCUUUUGUAAACAGAUUAAGAAAUAUAAAAUCAAAGCAUAAGAUUGCAACGAAUAAAACAUCACCGGAACAUUUACUUUCAGAAUUAUUCGAAAUGGCGAAUUUAGUAUCGGCAUCUGAAUUUAUCGCAAAAAUGAAACCUAAACCAAACAAUGUAAGCGAAGUUCCAAUAGAAACGGUUACUACGUUAGAUGAUCUUAUAAUGAAAGAAUCUUCAACGAAAUCCUCUGUUCAAAAAUCUAUUAAAAGAUCAAGACCGCGUGAGAAGAAAUUAAAAACUUCCACAACUGCAGCGCCAAUCGUUAGCACUACAGAGAAAACUGCUAAGUUUGAAAUAGACGAAAUUCUCCGUGAUUCUUUAAGUAGCGCUACAUUGUCAAAGAUAUUGAGGGAAAGAAACAUGACAUUAUCUGAAUUAUUGGAGCAUAGAGAGCGUGGUUCCAGUCAUGUACAUUUAGCAGAUAUAUUCCAUAAUGCGUCAAGAGAACCUAAUCCGCCUGAACCUUUCCUCUCCAAGUCUCUCAUUGAGCCUAUAUCUAGGGAAACAUAUCCUUUGAGAGCGCUGUUAGAAGCCAAUUCACAUAAUAGUACGGCGAAGCCAACAACUACUGUACCGUACGUAACACAAACUGAAUACAUAAGCAUACCAAUGAUGAUGGAUUUCGGUAACAAUGUUAAUGAAAAUGCUGAAAAUAUAGGGAUAUCGUCGUUAAUAACCAACUUUACUGUCGAAACCAAUACGAAUAAUCCCAAUAAUAUAAAAAAUGUGAAGAACGAAGAUAAGAUAGCAGCAUUACUCACGAACAGAACAUCACGACAGAGUCGUGGUAAUGAAGAUUUGAUCACACUUAAUGAAAUAUUUUCUUUAAUACAAAGAAGUCGUAAUAUAUCUGAUAAUAUGGUUGAACAAGCAUCAAAUGAUACGUCAGACUUAACAGUUAAGAAAAUUGUACUCGAAGAAGACAUAAACGGAGAUGGUUUAAUAGUUCUAGAAGAUGUCCAAGGAAUUGAUCACAACCCGUCUGAAGAGAAAGUCGAAUUUAAAUCUUUGGAAAGCGAAGAGAACUCUCCAAAAAUCGUACCAGAGACAAUAAACCAUAAUACAAGAUCUGCGACUGUUGUCACUGCAAGUAUUGUAGGAUUAAUAGCUGUGUUAUUUUUGUUAACAUUUGUAACAUUUAGAUGGAAACAUCAACAGCAUGUGUUUAUCAGGAAAUAUGGUUCAAGCGAAGAUAGAAUACCGUCUCCUGUAUUUGAAAAUAGGAUGACCGCUAAAACUAGCAGCAUGCGCAGUUUAAGUCCAAUGUUAUCUUCAAAUAUUUACUCAAUCGAUACUUUAGAGAAACCCCAUGAUAAAGAUUGCCCCGAAUACACAUGGGAUAGUCUAAGAAAACCAUAUUUGUAACUUUUAAUCACAAAGACUUUAAUGCUAUUAAAUGGAGUAGGUAGUUUUAAAAUUAAGUGACCUGAUUUAUUUAAGGGACAAUGUAAUCUAUUUUUUUAUUUAAAUAUUUUAAGGUUUUAAAUUUUUCCUAAAUGAGCACUUAUGACAAUCUAUAUUGUAAAUAUCU